AUGUCAGUAAAUUUAUUGUCACGUUCUGUUUUGAAGGAAAAUGAAUAUGCUUUAAAGAUAGCUCCAUUAGCGGAUGAUUUUGGGUUAGCUAUUUCAUUAUCUGAUCGUUCAAUUCGAUUCAUAUCUUAUAAUUCUUCAAAAGUUUCACCAACUUUUGUGAUAAAUGAUGCACACGUGGAGAGUAUUACUGAUAUAAAAAGUCUAUCUAGCUCAAAUAUUGUUUCUUGUGGCGCUGAUGGGGUUAAAAUCUGGGAUGUUCGUACUGGAGGGCAUUCACCACAAGCACAUUUAACCUCAACACUGCCUAACCACGGUAUCUUGUCUUUAGAUAUUUCCUUCGAUUUCAACAGAAUUGCUGCUGGAACAGAACUUUUUGCCUCUGAUGCUGGUGUUCAUGUUUGGGACAUCAGGAAUUUAAAGUAUCCACUUGUGUCAUAUGUGGAUUCCCACAAUGAUGAUGUUACAGCAGUUCGUUUUCAUCCCCAGAAGUUAAACUGCCUUAUUUCAGGAUCUACUGAUGGGCUUAUUAAUAUUUAUGAUACUAACAUAAACGAUGAAGACGAUGCAGUAUACCAAACUAUAAACCAUGAAGCAUCUAUUCAUAGCACAGGUUUCAUUUCAGAAAAAAAAAUAUAUGCUUUAUCCCAUAUGGAAACAUUUUCAAUUUAUGAUGUAGCUGAUCCUGACUCAUCGGUUGUUGAACCUCCUCCUUGUCGUUUUGGUGAUAUUCGAAAGUUGUGGAAAUGUGAAUAUGUGAUUGACGUCAUUCCUGGAUAUAUUGCAUGUGGAAGCUCGUCAAUCUCUAAUUUUAAAUUAAUUCCUUUCAUUAACGAAAACGCUAAGGUACAUGAUGCUAUUACAUUCCAAGGAGGGCAUAAAGAAGAAGUUGUUCGCUCAAUCUAUUACUCAGAAAAACUUCAUACAUUAUAUUCUUGUGGCGAGGAUGGAGCUGUUACUCUUUGGGACACUAAAGAUUUGGUAAAUUCAAACAUGUCUUAUACGUCAUGGACAUCAUGGAAUAAUCCAAGCAAUUCUAAAACAGAGAAUUAUACUAAAUCUAAAGUUAAGAUUCCAGAAACUUAUCGAAAAGAAAAUAAAUCCAAAAAAGACAGUAAAAAAACCAAAAGAUAUAACCCAUAUUAA